AUGAGACGAAAGACUUUUUUUUUUUUUUUAAGAGUUACUUGUCAUGUGACUGGAUUCUACCCCUGGGAGGUGCAAGUGGAGUGGCAGAAAGAUGGCUGGCUGCCCCUAGUAGAGGGAGUGACCAGUGGUGAGGUUUUGCCCAAUGGAGAUGGCACUUUGCAGCUGAAGAAGACACUCACAAUAUCGGGAGGAAACCAGAGAUGUGUGACCAUUCAGAGCUACACGUGCUUGGUACAGCACAGCAGUCUGUCCCAAAACAUCACCAGGACAUGGGCUCCCAACAGAGAUUGUACUACUGCCAUGACUGUUGGAGGACUGUCACUGGCCAUUCUUGGUGUAGUCGUCAUCGUUGGGAAGUACAGAUUAAAGUUACAGCAGCGUGGUUCCCCCUCUGGCCCCCCAGGCACUGGCCAUUUCGUCCUUGUGACUCAGAGACGGGGAUCACAGUGAGCUCUGGGCACAUUUAAGCUAAAUGUUGACCUUUAGAUCUCGCACAGCUGGGCUUGCCAGAAAUAAGGAAAUUUAACGUGUCAUAACUUUUUAGUUGUGAUAUUAAUUUCUUAUCAUUAACUUUUUGUUACUCAGGUUAACAUUGUAUCUGUGCGGGAUUGUAUACUUUAUGUGGUAUUUUAUAGUCUAUAUUUAUCUCACAACAAUUCAGGGCUAGGGUAGAAAACUUCAAAUAAAAUUUGCAGAGUCAGUA